CUCUCUUUUCCGUGGAAGUUUAGAAGCGUCGUAUGAAUAUCUCCAACCUCGGAAGCGAUGAAUGGAUUAUUUUAUUCGGCGUGUUUUUGCUUCUGCGAUGAUGUUGCCAGCGAAAGGUCGACGUUAGUCCGCUGCUAACAAACAUCAGCUCCGGAAAUGGAGUCGGAGCGCACACGGAAACACAGAAACGACGACUUGGUCUUUCUCACACCCAUGGUUUGUUAUACAUACGGUGGCUGGCUUGAAGUAUUCUACCUGAAGUUCUACUUAAUUCAACAUAACGUCAGUAGCUGCAAGUUGCGUCCAAAGACUGUCAAACCACUACCAGAGAGAGGCCAACGGAUGGUCACCUUCCAUGAUUCUUUAAAGGAGACAUGUCUGAAUUUUAUGGCAAAAUGUCCUCAUCACCCAGAGUCCCCAGCUCCCUAUCAAAAACUGUUGCAAUAUGGCGCCCCCUGCAGUUUCCCCACAGUUCAUUUGGGGACAAUUGAGGCUCGGAACAAAUCUCACACCUUAUCCCACAGUGCUGGGACCAGAUACUUCCGCAUUGCAUCACAGUCCAAGUCAGCAGGUUGCUCUGGAGCAUAUCGUUUCAAUGCCACCUCUGGUUUCCCCAUUAUUCACUUCCAUUGGGACAAUGCAACAUCCUCUCUUCAACGAAUUGACUUGGACAGGCGCUGUCUAGAUGAGUGCCCACAGUUGGGCGUCAUGGACGACCUUCAAGUGCUCAACCUGCAGCACAAUCUGAUCACCAGCAUCAGCCAGCUGUCACUUCUGAGGCGGCUCGUCGUCCUCAAUUUGUACGACAACCACAUUGCUGACAUGAGCGGUAUCGAAGCCCUCAACUCCCUCAGGAUCCUCAAUUUGGCCAAUAACAGGAUCCAUAAAAUAUCUCGCUUGGACAACCUAUCCCAGCUCAACAUUCUGGAUUUGCAUCACAAUCAGAUCUGCAAGAUGGAGAACUUGAGCCAUCUGACAGAGCUACAAGUGUUGAAUCUGGCUGGGAACAACAUCACCCGAGUGGAGAACCUCCAAGGCCUGGACUGUUUGGUGGAGCUCAAUCUACGACACAACUGCAUAUCUGUUGUGGCCGAGGUGGACCGCCUGCCCUGCUUACGGCGCCUCUUUCUCAGCUGCAAUAACAUCAGCAGUCUUCACCAGCUAGGCUGCUCCGGGGAGUCGCUCACCCUUUCCGAGCUCACCCUGGAUGGGAACCCUGUAGCCCUGGAGACAUGGUACAAGCCGGCUGUCCUGCGUUGUGUGCUUCACCUCCAACAGCUGGACAUGAAGCGCAUCACGGACGAAGAUCGGCGCAUGGCUGGUGUACAGGCCCGGAAAGAAGAGGAAAAGAAGAAGGAGAGUCACAAGCAGACCAUUCAUAAGGAGAAGCGGCGUCUUGCCAUCCGUAAUGCGGCACAUCAGUGGGAGGGCGUUGUCGCCGCCUGCAUGGAGCUGCUGCCUCCGUCAGCAACAACAAACGGUGCCAAAGAAGAAGUCAGCCCGGACAACAGCCCCGCUCACUGCCCCACGCAAACCAAUGGCCUGGCUCAGGAGCCUUCGCCGGACGAGCCACGACGGGUCAGUCCAGGAUUUGGACCAGAACGGGUGACAAGUGGGCCCGAUAGCCGUUUGCGCACCAACAGCCGUCCAAACAGCCCUCGAGAUCCAAAGCUCACGGAGGCAGGGAGCGUGACGAGCUUGUCGCUGUCUGAGAGUCAUCUGGCCGAACUGGACGGCGACACCCUGCGCUUGUUCGGCCUCGGAGCCCUGGACGCGCUGGAGAGGGGUUGGGGGGCGCAGACAGCUGGCGCUGUCACCGUCAUGGCCUUCCGCUACAUCCACUUUGACGCCAUUGUACCGAUGCUGCCGAGGAUCAGGGUCAAGUUCCCCAAUCUGGUGCAUUUCAUCUUCCUGGAAGCCAACAUCAGCCGCCUGCCGCAGCUGGCCGCCCUGGCUCAGGUUCGGCGACUGGAUCAGCUGACCGUCCACCCGCAGGGCAACCCGGUGGUGGGCCUGGCACUGUGGCGGUCCUUCGUCAUCUACCGCCUCCACCACUUUAACCUGCAGCGGAUCAACGGGCAGGAGGUCACCAUGAAUGACGUCAUUGCCGCCGAGCGGGUCUUUGGGACGCUGGGCCACGUGGCUGCCACCGAGACGCCGCGCUGCCGCCUCCUCGUGCUGCUGGAGGAGUCGAGGAAGCGGCAGCUGCAGUUCCUGUUGGAGGGGCGCGGCCGGCGCGCGGGGCUCAGCCCGGAGGAACUGCGGGACAACGGGAAGCUGGUGGGCGAAGGCCUUAGCCGAGCGCUCUUCAACUAUCCCAGCCGGGACGGCAGCACGGACAGCCCGGAGGUUAGCAGAUGUAUUGGGACAUGCCGUCUGUCCGUCCGUCCAUCCAUCCAUCCAUCCAUCCAUCCAUCCAUCCAUCCAUCCGUUUCUAUAGCACUUGUCUUCAUUUUUGUGUCAGGAAGGCACCACGGAGGCGUCGCAGCGCGCCGCCACAGUGGACCUCUACCUCCAGGACCUGGUGCGCCGGGCGUCCGAGACCAACGUUAAGGGCGAGGUCCUGCACCGCCUCUGGCCCGCCAUGUUCUCCGAGAUGGUGCGCGACUGCGUCCUGGAGAUGAGCGACCGAGCGGCCUUUCGCCAAGCCAGCCUUGCUAAGCUGUCCAAGUGAACGAGGACGGGUCCCGGUGGGCCAUCUUGAUCAGUAACCGAACACAUGCACGCACGGUCACGUCUGGACGUUUUCUCAAGCACCUUCGCCACAUGGACCACUUGUUAAUUGAAUGUAGUUUUGGACAGCUUUGAAAUGACCACAAUCUGUUUUGAAUGACCUCUGCCGUGUCUUAAACCUCAUAUGUUAAUCUCCCACACGUCCUGCCUGAUAGAAGACAGAGAGGCAACGAAAUAAAAAGAGACUGUUUUAAAAAAUA